AAAAUUCAAAUGCAAGUUUGAGCAAUUCAUAGUGUAGAAUAGAGAAUGGAUUUCGAAAUUGUAAUCGUUCCCGGUAUUCCGCGACGCAACAGCACGCGCCUGCGACAACCCCCGCGAUAGUGGUGGUUCCCAUGCCGCGACGGUCCCUCUUUGGAGAAGCCGCUACUGUCGCGGGAGGCGUUGCUGUGGGCAAUUCCUUGGGCCACGUGGCGGGUCAAGCUAUAACGGGCAUGUUGGGCGGUCGGCACCGCGAGGAGAUAGUGGAAGUGUUGCCGCGGAACUACACGCCGGGCACGGAUCCGACCGGCCCCUGCGCAUACGAGAUCUCGCAGUUCCUGCAGUGCGCGAGCACAAACGACGAUAUAAGCGCAUGUCAGCGCUUCAACGAUUUGCUCCAAGACUGCAAGCGGCGCAACGGAAUCCCUUGAAUCUCUUUCAUACUGAACCCAGUAAACCACCCCAGCAUCUAACAAAACAAUAUUCAAG